UACUAUUCCUUUCACCAAUUUCACCCAUUGGUAUCUUGCCUUAUUUAGCAAAACAAAAUUUACAAUCUUCAUCGAUCAAAACGAUGUCAAGUGAAAGAGGGAAGGAGUUGGCUGAAGGAUCAUCAAGGAGUAGUCCCAGUGAUCAUCAGUCUCCAACAACGCCUAGCCGUUAUGAGUCUCAAAAGAGAAGGGACUGGAACACUUUUGGGCAGUAUUUGAAGAAUCAAAGGCCUCCGGUUCCUCUUUCACAGUGCAGUUGCAAUCAUGUGUUAGAUUUCCUUCGCUAUCUCGAUCAGUUUGGAAAGACUAAGGUUCAUCUUCAAGGAUGCAUGUUUUAUGGACAGCCUGAGCCGCCUGCUCCUUGUACUUGCCCACUUAGACAAGCUUGGGGAAGCCUCGAUGCACUCAUCGGGAGGCUGCGAGCUGCCUAUGAAGAAAACGGAGGGUCACCAGAGACCAAUCCUUUUGCCAGUGGUGCUAUUCGUGUUUAUCUAAGGGAAGUGAGGGAGUGUCAAGCUAAGGCUAGAGGGAUCCCCUAUAAGAAGAAAAAAAAGAAGCCAAAUCAAGGCAAGGGAAAUGAUGAAUCCAGCUCCGGAAUGCACUUUUCUUGAUUCCCUUGGCUUUUCUCUCCAAUAUGAUUCACUAUUCUCAGUAUGACUCACCAACAUAUUUGUGCUCUGGCUAUAAUUCCUGAUUACUGGUGUGGAGCCUCCACAGAAAGAAACCUAGUCGAGUAAGGGGAUCAGCUGAUGGGCCUAUAUAUACGUAGCCCUUUUGCUGUUAAAUUGAUCUCCCGUAGCAAAUAGUUUCAACUGUUGAUAGUGGAACGAGAAUGAAUCGGAGUCUGCUAGCUAUAAGAUAACACACAAAAGAUGUAUUUACAAACCCUAAUCUUUUACAGUGGAUUGAGAUUUUACUAAAUCAUGGGUUAUAGCAAAUAUCUUCUAAUUAAUCUCUAUGUCAAUAUCUUAAAUAUUUACCUUCUUAUCUUACCUUUUUAAAAACUUUUAUACUAGAUGUUUGCUUGUCCUUGAUCUCCUAAUCUGCAUAUCAAUAUUAGAUUAAUCUUAAACAUUCUUGAAACUUUUAGACUAGUGUUUACAUAUUUUUUAGUAAGCAUUUAUGUAUACAGAGCAUAUAUUAUUAUAUGAUUAGAUGAUUUUAAAUUAAGAAUAAAAUAACAUUCAAUUACUUGAUGAAUGUGCACAUAAUUAUGUACCGAAAAGUGUAUACAUAUAGUAUUCCUAUUAUAAAAUUUGGGUUGUCCUAAUAAUUUUAAGUUUUAAGGAGUUGAUUAUAGGCUUUAUAUCUCAUGCACAUCAAAACAUACACUUCAAAUCUUGAAUACCAUCAAGUGGAUGAAUUCUUGUGAUAUCUGAUUUGUGUUUUUUAGAGUAGGUCUAGCUUUCAUGAGAAUAGCAGGAUACGGUAAGAGUUUUUAUCUAUAAUUCGCAUGCUCUCUUUGUUCAUUUAAUCUGUAAUGUGUUUACAGGAACCAGGAGAUCGAAAUUUAUAGCCCAUGUCAUUAAUAUGGACAACGAAUCAUUCUUAAUCUGAUUCUUAUCUAAGCAAUAACCAAAAUUUGUGUCUCCUUGGUUAUAUAAUACAGUAAGAAAUAAAAAGCAUUUUCAUCACAUAAUAUUUACAAUGCAAAGGUGUCAGAGGUCAUCUGUAAAGAAUUAAACAAAAAUAAGAUGAUUUAAGGAUUCAAAUCCCAUUACAUUCAGGCAGUCCUUUUUCUGUUGCUUUUGCUAUAUAUGCAUGUCACCUAUAACACAUUACACAAGCUAUCAAUGGAAAAUUCAUUUGGUUCAAAUUCAUGCUUGGUUUUCCUUUAGUCAUAAUAUCUAUUUGAGAUAAUCAAGACCAAUAUAGUAAAUUAAUAUUCACUUGGUUGCAUGAAAUCUGAAAAUGGUGAUAUGAUUUUCUGCAGGAUCAUUUGGGGCACGAAUCAAAU